AUUUGGACUUUUUCGCAGGUAUAUAACAUUAUUAAACACUAAGAUGGAAUAUUCUUUUCAUUUUUAUACCACUUUCAUUAAAUAUUUAAAAAUCUGAAUUGAUUAUGUUGCGAACUUGCGAUUGGCUCGCACCUCCAAGGAUUAAUAAUGGUAUUGCCACCGUCGCUCUUCGUCGGAAUGGAGAAAGACUCUUCCUGGUGGCCAACUAUGUCUGCAAUGACAACUACGAAACCUUUUAUCCCGGUGAUAGUGCCAUGUUCUGUUCAAACUAUAAAUGGUUGGGUAACCGACUCAAGUGCAUUCGUCGAAUUACAUAUGGUAAAGACGAAGUCAGUAAAUCGACACCCAUAGCUAAAAACUGUGAGGAUAAUAAUGGCGGUUGUGCCCAUAUAUGCAACCAAUCGUCUAACAAAUGCGAAUGUUAUGGGGGUUACUAUGUAAAUCCCAAUGAUCCAUGCAGAUGUGAAGAUAUCGACGAAUGCGAGGAGUCCAAUGGGGGUUGCUCACAAUUGUGCAACAACUUGCCGGGGGAAUUCGUAUGCUCCUGUAAAAGUGGUUAUGAAAUAGAUGAAUCUGACGGCAAAACUUGUUUGGGUAUGUAUAUAUUACAUUUCAAAUACAAAAUUUUAUUUCUCACCACGAUUCACUCCAGACAUUAACGAAUGCAAGAAUUCCGCUUUGUCGUGGGACUGUGAAGGUGGCUGCGAGAACCUUAUAGGUUCCUAUCGCUGUCAACAGAGGCCACACUCGUAGCCCCAAAUCAGACAUUGCCGGAGGACAACGGUGUCUUCUCAGUCACAAAGUGUGCAAGACAUCAACGAAUGUGAAUUGAAAUAUCAAGACCCAAAAACUGGAUAACCAAGCGCUACUGUGAACACAUUUGUGAGAUUACAAAGGGCUUCUUCCGUUGUCACUGUCCUGAAGGCUACAAUCUGUUCGAGAGUAAGCAGAGCUGUGCCUUGGCUGGCUUACCUUCUCUCCAACUCAAAAAACCGAAUCACCUGAAACACAUGAAACGCCGCAAGCUAACCUUGCAACAGCAUCGAAAAACUAUUCUCAAUAUAUAUAAAUCGAUUGAAGGCUUGAAAAUAAAUCUAAUAACAAGAUUUGUUAAAAAAAUGUAUUUCCAACGAUAUUUGCAUUUUAUUUAUUGCACAAAUAAGAGUGAAGCAGAUGAACAUGGCUAGAUCGACUCGCCUUUUGAUGUUGAUGAAGAACGUAUAAUGUGAUCGACUCAGCGUUGACUGAAAUUAAAAUAAACUCAGCACGGGUAAAAAAAACAAAACUCUAUAAAUAAGCCUUUAUUACAAUAUAAUGCUUCGGUUAAAUAAUAAAUCGAUUUCGGCCCUUGCUAACCCUUAUAAUAUGAGAUUUGCUGAUAGCUAAAUUGUAGUCAUAAUUGUUAGGUUGAAUAUGAUAGCAAGUCCAUAGCUUAAUUGCUGGUUUAUCCUAGG